AUGGCCUCCUUCAUCCAAGACACUCUUGCCCAGAUUCCCGGCAUCGACCCGCGCGUGAACCAGCGCAUGCAGUUUUUCUCUGGCAUGAACGACGGGCCCGCCAAGACCGCCGCGCGCAUCACCGGGGUCACCCAGGAACCUCACGCUAAGGACGACAGCCCGAUCUACACCGGCAACUUUGGCCAACCCAUCCCCGAUCCCUGCCAUUCGCUGAACAUCGGCGGCAUUCCCUACCAGGGCGACGCCCUACUUCUCGAAAAACAGCAAGCGUUCGACCGCAUGAAGAUUACGGAGCGCAUCGUUCAUCCUUGCGGCAGCUCGGCGCUUGGUUACUUCCAAGUAAACCAAGACGUGUCCCACCUGACCAAGGCCGCGUUUCUGCAGCCUGGUAAGAGGACGCCAGUGUACUCUCGCUUCUCCACCGUCACCUAUGGGCGUGAGUUCCCGGACAGCGCGAGGAACCCUCGUGGGUUCGCGACCAAAUUCUAUACUGAAGAAGGAAACUAUGACCUCGUUGGGCUCAAUUUCCCUGUCUUCUUCGUCCGGGAUCCAUUCAUGGGGCCGGAUAACAUCAGAUCUCAGCAGCGCCACCCCAAGAGCUUCUUACUGGACUACAAUGCGUGGUUCGACUACCUGGCCAACGUCCCUGAGUCCCAGCACGCUGGGUUGAUGUUAUUAUCUGAUCACGCCACCCCUGUCGGCUGGCGAUUCAUGAGCGGUUACGGUGUCCACACGUUCCGAUGGGUCAACAAAGAGGGUAGCUAUGUCUUUGUGAAGUAUCACUGGAUAUCCAAGCAAGGUGUUAAGCAGUGGUCCCAUGAUGAGGCCACCCGUGUUUGUGGAGAGGAUCCCGACUAUUCUAAGCGCGAUCUAUUCGAGCAUAUCGAGAAAGGCGGUGAUGCACGCUGGACUAUGAUGGUUCAAGUUAUGCAACCCGAGCAGAUCGCUAGUAUCAACUUCGACCCGUUCGACCCGACAAAAAUUUGGCCUCGCAGUCAGUUCCCUAUGCAGGAGGUCGGGGAGCUUGUCUUGAACCGUAACCCAGAGGACUACUUCAGGGAUGUUGAACAAGCCGCCUUCUCGCCUGGUUCUCUCGUGCCGGGUAUCGAGGCCUCCCCCGAUCCGCUCCUUCAGUGGCGCAUGUUCUUUUACCGUGACGCUCAGUACCACCGCCUAGGAAGCGCCAAUAUUCACCAGAUCCCCGUCAAUUGCCCUUUCAUGGCCAAAUUCCACUCUCCCGACAACUACAACGGCACCAUGCGUAUCGACGGGAACACUGGUGGAAAGCCGUACUACAAACCUACGACCGGCGGCACCCCAGGCUUCCUACCUAGCGCAGCUGAGACGCCAAUGCAAGUCGCGAAUCACGUCGUGUCUAGGAUUGGCCACUAUUUCCACGAGGGCAAGCCCUCCGAGUACGACCAAGUGCGCGAGCUGUACAAUCGAGUCCUUUCUGUGGAGGAGCGAGAGAACCUGCAUCGCAACACUGCUCGCUUGCUCAAACCGAUCGUCCAGAAGAACUACCUUAUACAGCAGUGCGCCAUCAUGCGCGAGUAUGCCGAAGCCAUUUACGACCUCCUGCCGGAGCACGAAGGGUAUAGCUUCAAGGACAUCGAGGCCGGUGCUCCUAUGGCGCAUAUGGUUCACAAGAACCCCCAGUUUGUCUCGGACCAAGGCAAGACCUUCAUGGGCAUGCCCGUGCGUGCGAUGACGAUCGCCUAA